CGCGCGGGAGGCGGGGCCGGGCCGGGAGACGCCGCCGCCAUUUUGAGCCAGCGCGCGGCGGACGGGGCAGGCGGGUCGCGAUGGUGAAGCUGUUCAUCGGGAACCUGCCGCGGGAGGCGACGGAGCAGGAGAUCCGCUCCCUGUUCGAGCAGUACGGGAAGGUGCUGGAGUGCGACAUCAUCAAGAACUACGGCUUCGUGCACAUCGAGGACAAGACGGCGGCCGAGGACGCCAUCCGCAACCUGCACCACCACAAGCUGCACGGCGUCUGCAUCAACGUGGAGGCCAGCAAGAACAAGAGCAAGGCCUCCACCAAGCUGCACGUGGGCAACAUCAGCCCCGCCUGCACCAACCUGGAGCUGCGCGCCAAGUUCGAGGAGUACGGCCCCGUCAUCGAGUGCGACAUCGUCAAGGACUACGCCUUCGUGCACAUGGAGCGGGCGGAGGACGCGGUGGAGGCCAUCCGGGGGCUGGACAACACCGAGUUCCAGGGAUCGCCGCGGACUCACCCCCACCCUGGGACUCGAUGCUGUCACCGUGGCCUCGCGGCCCCCGGACGCCGACGCCGCGUCAGGUCAGAUGUGCCCCCAGGUCAGACGUGCCCCCAGGUCAGACGUGCCCCGCGUCGCUGCUGCUGCCGCCGUGUCCCUGUCCCCGUCACCACCGUGUCCUUUCCCCUGUCACCACCGUGUCCCUGCCCCUGUCACCACCGUGUCCCUCCCCCUCUCACCACCGUGUUCGUCCCCCCGUCACCACCGUGUCCCUGCCCCCGUCACCACCGUGUCCCUGCCCCCGUCACCACCGCGUCCCUCCUCCCGUCACCACCGUGUCCCUGCCCCCAUCACCACCGUGUCCCUGCCCCUGUCACCACUGUGUCCCUGCCCCCGUCACCACCGUGUCCCUGUCCCCGCCACCACCGUGUCCCUGUCCCCGUCACCACCGUGUCCCUGCCCCUGUCACCACCGUGUCCCUGCCCCCGUCACCACCGUGUCCCUGUCCCUGUCACCACCAUGUCCCUCCCAUGGCACCGGGACCCCUGUCCUCCACAGAGCAGGGGCUGUCACCUCCUUGUCCCUCCCCCAUCAGGGGGAUGCCCCUUUCCCUGCUGGAGCAGGCGCUGGCACCACUGUGUCCCAGUGCCUGAGUGUCCUCACAUCUGGGUGUCCCCAUGUCUGGGUGUCCCCAUGUCCGGGUGUCCCCAUGUCCGGGUGUCCCCAUGUCUGGGUGUCCUCACGUCUGGGUGUCCCCAUGUCCGGGUGUCCCCAUGUCUGGGUGUCCCCACGUCUGGGUGUCCCCAUGUCCGGGUGUCCCCAUGUCCGGGUGUCCCCAUGUCUGGGUGUCCUCACGUCUGGGUGUCCCCAUGUCCGGGUGUCCCCAUGUCUGGGUGUCCUCACGUCUGGGUGUCCCCCUGUCCGGGUGUCCCCAUGUCUGGGUGUCCCCAUGUCUGGGUGUCCCCAUGUCCAGGUGUCCUCACAUCUGGAUGUCCCCAUGUCUGGGUGUCCCCAUGUCUGGGUGUCCUCACAUCUGGGUGUCCCCACAUCUGGGUGUCCCCGUGUCCGGCUGUCCCCGUGUCCGGGUGUCCCCGUGUCCGGGUGUCCCCAUGUCUGGGUAUCCCCGUGUCUGGGUGUCCCCACAUCUGGGUGUCCCCGUGUCCGGUUGUCCCCGUGUCCCGAUGUCCCCGUGUCCCGAUGUCCCCGUGUCCCCCCAUGCCCCCCUCACCUCUCUGCUCUCUUCCAGGUGUGGCCCUGGCCGGAGCUCUGUCCCCCCCCCUGCCUGAGCCCCCCGUUUUUUGUAGGGCGCUCCCCCAGCCCCCCCCGGGUGACCCCCGGCCUCGCCCGCCCUUUUUCCACCAAAAUAAAGAUUUUCACCGAAUUUCCAGGCCCGGGGUCGUUCCUGGGGGCGGGGUCUGGAGGGGGCGGUGAUUAUGCAAAUCGACUGGAGGGGCGGAGCGAAUGCAAAUCGCAGUGCGCUGCCGGCCAAUCAGGCUGGAGGAAGG